UUUGGUUUUGGAGAAAUAUAAAAGCCGCAGCACCUUGUCUCUCAGGACAUCUCUCCACAGCAGAUGCACCAAACACCUCACCUGUACAAAAAAAAGGAGUCUCUGAAACAACAGCCAUGUGCAUCAACCCGGGCUAUGCGUGCGAAUGUUUGACCAGCGGUAAUUUAUGUGAGCCCUGCAAGAUGACAGCCAAGGUCAGGGUGCUGGAGGAGGCACACCUCUCCAACAACAUAAAUGCAGCAGACUCAGCCAUGAGUGUCAGUGAGCCAGAGAUGGACGCUUCCUCAACUGAAGGUGCGCGGGACCGGGGCAGAAACUGGGGAUGGAUGUUGUCUGCUAUCAUCUGCCUCAACAUCCUGAUGUUGGGCUGCGCCUUCGUUAGUGGGGGCACUUCGAGCAGUGUCAAUAUCAACACCUCAGACCUGCAGAUUUUCAUUCUCUUCCUGUUCCUGCUGACCUCCGUCUGGAUGGUCUACUUCACCAUUUACAAUUCCAGGACAGAAAAUGCUGUCUUCAAGGACAGGCAUGCAGGACCCAUUUGGCUGAGAGCUGGACUUCUUCUGUUUGGAAUCCUCAGUGUCAUCAUGGAUGUCUUUAAGAUCGCCAGCUAUGUGGGUUACCUCCACUGUGACCCAGGUGUUGCCACCAAUGUUAAAGUUGCAUUUCCCGUGGUACAAAUUGUCUUUAUUCUUGUGCAGACAUACUUUCUGUGGAUUCAUUCAAGGGACUGUGUGCAGGUCCAAAAGAACCUUUCACGAUGCGGGCUGAUGCUUACCCUCGCCACAAAUCUUGUUUUAUGGAUGACUGCGGUCACUGAGGAGUCUCUUCAUCAAACAGUUUUUCCAGAUGCUCCGACCAAUGUCACCAAGCUCUCAAGAAGACAGAUGUACAUCUAUAGAGCCGAUUAUGGGGAUGACAAGUGCAAGUGCAGCCACAGCUCCUGCAGCAUCUUCAAGGAUGCCUAUUACUACCUGUACCCCUUCAACAUCGAGUAUUGCCUCUUUGCCUCCGCCAUGGCCUUCGUCAUGUGGAAGAAUGUGGGACGAGUAGCGUCACAAAGCAACCACCACCAUGUGAGAUUCAGCCUCAAGGAAGUAUACAUCGGUCCGAUUUUGGGGCUCCUCCUCGUGGUCGCAGGCAUCGCAACAUUCAUUGAGUAUGAGAUUGAAAUGAAAUCAAAGUCAGGUGUAGAGAGCCAUGAUGCUGCAGUGAUGACACAUUUUGUCAUGAAUAUAGUCAUUGUCACAUUGAUGUCUGUCUGCACUGUCAUCGGAAGCGCUAUCUUCAGGGUGGACCACAGGGAGCACAUCUCAGAGAAGAACCCCACCCGCAGUCUGGAUGUGGGGCUGCUAGUGGGAGCCUCGCUGGGGCAAUUCAUCAUCAGCUAUUUCUCCAUYGUAGCCAUGGUUGCAACUGGGGCCAAGGGUCACCUGAACAGGCUCAAUUUGACAUGGGGAAUACUGAUGGUAAUACAGAUUGGCUUGCAGAACUUUUUCAUAAUUGACGGCCUGCACCGGGAGCCCUUUCAUGAGGUGGAGGCUGACACAGUGGUUGAAAAUCAGUACGUGGUGGAAUCCAGCAAAGACGGAAGCAAACUUGAAAAAGUUGACCUGGACAAUAAGCCCAAGCCUGAUGUAGAAGCACGUGGCCACGGUGGGACAGCGGAGCACAAACACAAACUCCUGUGGAAGAGGCGAGUGUUGAGAGAAGUCUGCGCAUUCCUGAUGCUGGGUAACAUCAUUCUGUGGAUCAUGCCAGCCUUUGGUGCUCGUCCCCAGUUUGAUCAUGACACCGAAACACAGUUUUACCAAUCCAGCAUGUGGGCUGUUAUCGUGAACGUGGGUCUUCCUUUCGGCAUCUUUUACCGAAUGCACUCAGUUGCCAGUUUAUUUGAAGUCUAUUUAAACUCAUAAAUCAACAUCUUGCAAUGAGUGCACAAAAAGCUGGAUCUGAGCGUUACUAAACUGUUUUGUACUGGAUGUUCUUGAUUAGUUUUUGUCAAAAAGGRACAAUAUUGAUUACUUUCUAAUGAAGUGGCAUCAAUAUGUCAGUGUAAAUGUGUUCAACAUUUUAUUCAUAUGAAUGUCUUAUAUAGCUAAUCUUGUAAAAGCUGAUUUAUUCUGUUAACUUUAUUUGCAAACAAUAAAAAAGAAGUGUUAAAA